AGCGCCGGGAUCCACUCAGCGCUGGAGCACCGGCGGCCAGUCCGGGCGCGCCUUGCGAGCAGCCAAUGGCAGGGGCGGCGCCGCUUGUUGUCGCCCCGUGAGGCGGCUGCGCUCUGGGCUCGGUGCCGCCGCCGCCGCAGGAGGGACCCGGGAGGCCCCAGGCCCCGGUACCCGCUCGUCUCUCGCUGGCCCCGCAGCCCCCGCGGAGGGCGGGGAGAUGCAGCCCCCGGGCGCUCAGCAGCCGCCGCUCUACGCGCCCAGCAGCGGGGACUUCACCUUCGUCUCCUCGGCGGACGCCGAAGAUCUUAGUGGUUCCAUAACAACUCCAGAUGUUAAGCUGAAUCUUGGAGGAGAAUUCAUCAAAGAAUCUACUGCAACUACAUUCCUAAGACAGAGAGGAUAUGGCUGGCUUCUGGAAGUGGAAGAUGAUUACCCAGACGAUAACAAACCACUCUUGGAAGAACUUGACAUUGAUCUGAAGGAUAUUUACUACAAAAUCCGAUGUGUGUUGAUGCCUAUGCCAUCUCUUGGGUUCAAUAGGCAGGUAGUGAGAGACAAUCCAGACUUUUGGGGUCCUCUGGCAGUUGUCCUCUUCUUCUCAAUGAUUUCAUUAUAUGGACAAUUUAAGGUUGUUUCUUGGAUCAUAACUAUUUGGAUAUUUGGAUCCUUGACAAUUUUUUUACUGGCUAGAGUUCUUGGAGGAGAAGUUGCUUAUGGCCAAGUGCUGGGUGUAAUAGGAUAUUCCCUGCUUCCCCUCAUUGUCAUAGCACCUGUACUUUUGGUGGUUGGAUCAUUUGAAGUUGUUUCUACACUAAUAAAAUUGUUUGGAGUCUUUUGGGCUGCAUACAGUGCCGCAUCAUUACUAGUUGGUGAAGAAUUCAAGACCAAGAAACCCCUUCUAAUUUAUCCAAUCUUUUUAUUAUACAUUUAUUUUCUGUCCUUGUAUACUGGGGUGUGAUCUAGUGUAAAAUGUGGCCAGAAACCGUAUUUCAGUCCCCUUGCAGACUGAUAAUGUGUAAGAUUAAGAAGGCUGGAGAUAACACAAGUGACUGUUUUGUAUGCAGUUGUCGAGAUGUUUUAAGAUGGAAGAGCAUAUUUGUGUAUAUUAUUUAAUGAAGCAAUUGUAGCUAUAUAGAUUUGUAUCAAAGUUCUAGGUUUGUUUAAGACUCUUCAGAUUUUAAUGAACAAAAUAAAAGAACCUUGUGUUUUAUAACAAAGCGUAGCAAAACUGCAACUCAAUACCUGUGCCAAAAGCACUGGGACCAGAUUACUAUAGUCAAGAAUUAAAAAUGAGAAGUUAACUGUUAACAAUCUCAAAGUGCAAUUUUUCCUUUAAGCUUAAAUACAGCUGGCUUUUUUUGGCACAGCAAAUUCUGUAGAUAAUAUAUAUUUAUUAAACAGUCCUGAUUGGUCACAGAAUAGUCUGUAUAAUCAAGAUAAAAAGAUACUACUUUUAAUUUAGUGCCUCAAUUACUGUGAUUUGGCUGUUGAGUUUUUAUAAAUUCCAAUUUGUUUUCAAAACAUGUAUAUACUGUGUAUUUUGUAUCUAUGGCUUGUGUGUACCGUAAAUACUCCUUGGUUAAGGAUGUAUAUUGGGUUUUUAAAAAUUGAAGAUACAAGUAUUUGAAGUUUUCAUUUACUAUCUCUGACCAAAGGAGCAAGAUACUUACUGUGUGACAUAAUUAAUUAAAGUGCAUAUUUAGAGAAUCAAAUUAUUUUACUUAAAAGUAUAAAUUUACAGAGAAAUGGGUGAACACCUUUCUCAACUCAAGUGCUGGCCUAAUGUUGGAGAGAAAAAAGAUGAUCUAUCAAAUUUGUGUGAUCUUUAAACAAUGUUAUUUUAUGAUGACAAAAUAAAAAUAUUGCUUCCCUAA